CUCCUCCUCCACCCCCACUCCCUCUCGUCCUUUCCGCCGCGACGCGCGGGUCGUCCAAGGGUUGGGCUCGUCGCUGCUGCUGCUCCUCGUCGCCGGCGUCGUGCUCCACCUCCCUCCGGGGUCCGGACGCGCGCGCGAUGGAGCAAGAUCACGCCAUGGAAAAUCACAUUAUGGCCAGGGUAAGUUACACUAUAACCCAUCCAGCCAGUCUCGCGUUCUUCUGAUUCAAGCUACUUGUUUUUUUUGUUGUUCUUGGCAGACCAAAUUUGUGUUCGCCUCUACCUUCGCCGCAUCCACCCUCGGCUACUCCGUCGCCAUCGCCUACAGCCUCAGCGGGCGUGCAGCGAAGAUGUCGCUGAUCAGGCCGAGGGCUGACCACGUCGCCGGCACACCAACCAACUUCCGCGGUCCCGACCGCUGGGAGACGGGAGAUGACCCCCGACUACGCAUCCACCUGCCUUCAGUUCGCCACCGUCAUCUUCUUUCACAUUGCGAUCAUCGGCCAUCUCUGCCUCAAGCGUCCCCGUGAUGUGUUUCAGCUCACCAAGGUGGCCUCUUGCUUCGUCCCGACCGGUUUCGCUCUGUGCACCGUUUCCUACUUCUUGCAGUUCUUGUGCCUCUCGAGGUAUAAGAUACUUGUCAAGGUGUGGGUUGCUUUUGCCAUAGCGACCGUCAUGGUGGUCCUUUUCACCUUCAUCCUCAUCUGGGGCCCACCGAAGCAAAAGGACCUUAUGCACCGCGAGAUGAGGCAACGCGGCGGCAAUGGAGGUGGAGAUGGAAACAACCGCGUCCAAGAACCGUAGGAGGACGUUGAUGAACCAGAGUUCACAUUCCGCCGCCGAGUAUGGGAAGGAGGUCAUCCGCCUGAGGCGCUUUUUGAUGGAAUAAUAGCUGUAGUUGUCGUUCUCGUUCGUAGGUUCCUGUAUCUUGAUGGUGUCUGUGGUAGAUUCAGAUCAGGUAGUUUUAUCUUCAGUCCGUGCAUCCUGUCCAACAAGAAACAGAGUUUUGAACAGCUGGAUCGUUUAUUUGCAGUCAUUCAGUAACUUUGAACUGCUC